AUUUUAGUUCACGAUUGAUACCAAAGGGCGGGAAAAAAAUCUGGUGCUCCUUAGUGUCCACGCAACCAAAGAUAUCAGAGCGGGAACUACCAUGUCGGAAACAAUACCCGCCGGCGUCUCGGCGGCCGAUACCGCCUUUCUAAACCUCUUUUGGCAGCUAGCUCUAGAUGACCCGAUCGUUCGCGCUAGGGCCACCGCUGUAUUGGUACAAACUCUGUUGAAUGUUCAGACGUCACAGGGCGAUCAACUCCGAGCUAAAUUCAAGAAAAACUCUCCGGAACUCGACUACACGCUGAAACGCCUGACCAAAGGACUCGCGUCUGAAGACAAAACCGCCUGCCUCGGAUUCGCGACGGCGCUCGUAGAAAUCUUGACGUACAUAGAGACCGAUUUAUCAGACCUUAUUCAAACCACCUUUGAAACGGUCAUGAGCAAAAAAAAUGAAAUCUCCCUGUCACAGAGACAGCUUGUCAUUCUCUUGACAACGACGGCCAUGAUCCGAUCUAAAAGACUCCAGACAAUCUCUGAACGAAAACUUAACUCUUUACUUGAUAAAUUGUCGAGCCAACUUGUCACCUAUUUGAACCUAAAACACUCGCCAUACUCUGAGUUCACUGUUCGUGUCAUCAGAGAUCUAGCGGAAAUCGUACCGAAAUCAAUCUGGACAAAUUUCGCCUCCACUUUCCUCCCAUUUCUCUCCGUCGACUCCAUUCAAGCCAUUUCGUUGACGGCCAUCUUUCAUACAAUUUCGGAAUGCCACUCAAGCCACGAAGCCUCACCAGCACUCCUCAGCGACGAAAAUCUGCCAAAAAUCUCUGAUGCACUCGCGCAGUGCGUCUCCUCGUUUCCACGAGUCCAUAGCGUCUGGAACUACUUGCUCGACUAUUGCAUGAGCUCAAACCGCACUACCAGGCUCAACAUACUCAUCGACCACAUCUUAAAAACAUAUUUUUCGAAAAAAAAAAUCAAUUCUUUUGUCUCGUUGGGAUUUUCCAUCACAUCGAUGAUCCUCGCCAAAAUACCUCUGGAUACAUACCAAAUAAUCCUGAAACCGUUCAUACUCUGUAGGUUGCAACAAUGCCUCGACAUGAAUCGCGGCGCGCCGCCCAGCGCGCACUCUCUUUUCAAACAGCUCUGUUCCGCCGCUCAACACCUCGAAAACUCCAACUCCGCCGUCUUUCUGAAGAUCCUUCAAGGCCCCGACGUGCGGUUCUCGAACAAAGUAAUACGCCAGCCCUCUCAAGACGACCUCGUCGACCGCCUCACCCUCAAUCUCACCAAAGACCAGCUAGAAGAUUACGUUCUCCAUUUGAUCAAGCAAUUCUAUUCAACCAACGCUCAAGGCCACGAGUACCAAAGUGCAGAAUUCGUUCAAUACUCUAUUGUAUGCGAGCUCAAGCAUAUCUACGAAACCACCCCUCACGCCUCUAUCAACCACGUCAUUCUAAAAUUCGUGUAUUUACACGCCUUCUACCGUGCUACCUCUCCAACUUCACCGGACCGCUUCACAACAGACCCUGCGGACAGCGUCGUGUUAUGUUCCGUACCAACCGUUGACCUCACGGACAACCUCCGCGCAAGGUUCCACGCCAUCUUCCAAAAACUAAUCGAACAGUUCCCUCGUGCUUCCCCCGACCCCCAAUCCAAAUCGCGCCCCUCACGACUCGUAAACCCCACCCAAGCAAGAGAAGUCACGCUGCAGUGGCUCAAGCCAUUGCUCGACUGGGACGACGGGACCUUGUCUCACACUCCGCACGAACUUUUUCCACUCGACCCUCAAAUCGACCUGUCGCUCCUUUCCGACGCAAAAGCUCAAUCGGAUCAUCUGAGACGCCAGUUGGAACUGAACGUUGACUCCUCUCAAGCCGUGAAGUUCUUCUACCCAGUUUCAAUACACGCGGCCAUCCUUCUUCUCCAAUAUCCUUCUACGAUACUGCCCGCGUGCGAUGACCUGAAAACCGUCGUAAACCACCUAAUGUCUCAGGAAGACCAGCAAUCGACAAUACCCCUUUCGCGCCUCACCGUCGCCCUCUUAGCGAACCCAAACCAAGCGUGCCUUUUCUUAGUCGAGCAGCUCUGGAACCACCUAAAUCAACAAGUCGCCCCCGAGGCGUUCGACAUCCUUCUGAAAACCAUGCUCACCGUAGCGACAGAUGACGACGACGAUUCGGACUCCGAUUCGAGCAUCUGUUCGGACUCCGAUCGCCUAGACGACGGUUCAGACGCAGACGACUCAAACGCUAACUCGGACUCUGAACCCGUCGAAAGUCACGACGCCGAGGAAGACGCAGCUGAAUGCGGGAAUGAGCUCGAACCACCUGUACCGAAAUCGAAGACGAACCGCCCCUCUGAAAGCGAAAGCGACGCUUCCGAUGACUCUGAUUCCAACCAUUCAAGCUUCGACUCCCUCUCCACUGACGCGUCUCACUCCUCACCCAGCCACGCGCGCGACGAUAGCGAUGACGACUCCGCAUCCGACGACGAAGAAGACUCAGAAGAUAUUGUACUAAACGACGAACAAAUGUUCGCUCUCGAUCGCGGCCUCUCUUCUGCCUUUCGCGCAUUCCGGGCCAAAAAAGAACUCGAAAGAGACAGAAAAAAUAACGCCGAGCGCAUCAUAGACCAUCAGCUCAGACUCAGCGCCGUCAUUGAAUCCUUCUUCAUCUCCAAUCCUCUGCAUCCGUUCUUCUGGUCUUUUCUAGAUAACGUAGCCGACUGGCUCCACCAACAUCAAGAAAAGCAAUUAAAACGCCUCGCAGACCGUAUUCAUGCCUUGCUGACGAGAUUGACGACUUCAAAGACUCGCCCGAGCACCAUCGCAGACGACCACUUCUCCACCGCCCUAACACUACUCGACAAAUACUACCGCCUCUUCCGCAAGCCAUCCACUCCCAGGAAAGCAAUCAUCAACGUAGUGCUCUUCUUACAGCGCGCGCUUUUGUCUCAGCAGUCCAACCAAGUCGCUCGUCAGGCAAUCUGCACCAACUUUCGAGACAUGCUCUUGUUCUAUGCCAAAUCUAACCCGAAAGUUACCUCCAACUGCAACCUGUACUUACAAGUGUUCUCGGAAGUCAUGCAACGCUCCCCAUCUAUUUCGUGGGACCUCGUCAAGGGACUCGACAAAAUCGUAGCUGAUUCACAAAACGCAUACAAACGUACUCAUAUCGUACUGACCCUCUACCCAGUUUUGUUAACGGAACACCAAAUCAAGCAGCACUCAACGGAGGCUGUCACAGUACUUCGCGAAUUCCAAAACGCCGUCCUCACCUGCUUUCGAGAUUCCAAGGUCGCGCUGCCUUGGAGAAGUCGCCUGGUCACGACAGUUCAAUCGGUGUUCACCGUCUCGUCGCGCGUCUUCGAGCAGGCCGACCUGUUCGAAAUAUGGGACGUCGAUACGAUCAAAGAAGAGUUGGCUCCACGACAAAAAGACCAGAAAUACAACAAAACCUAUCGGUGCCUAGUGGGGUGCUUCGAGAGCAGCAAAAAGGACAAACCUGUCAAGCCAAACACACAAAGCCUCAAAAAACAAAAGAGAAAAAACAAGGCAUCUCCUGAACUAAACGCCAAACGCCCUAAACCAAAUCAACACAUAGAGUGACCAAAAAGCAAGCGUCUAAAAAUUAUUACAUACAUUAAUAUAUAUAUAUGCCUCUCUUUCUUUUUUCUUUUCUACU